UGGGCGUCUCGCGCUGCUGCAGCGUGUCCGACGAAGAUGUGGGGCUUGUUGCACACGCAGCGCAGCCCCCGUCUGCAGGACCAGGAGGGCGACAGUGAGGGAGACGGCCACAGCCGCCUCAGUGGUGUUGAUGGGGAGUGCUACAUCCAGCUGCGGAGAGUCGACGAGGGCGACGCUCAGCAGGCCGUCCACCACACACAGACAGACCAUCCCAAGGUCGCCUUGCAAUGCUCAUAUGGCAUCUCUGACGAGUGGUGUCUGUGUCCGUCUGUCCACUGCAGAUAGCCUCGGCCUCGAGUGAGCACAUUCCUCUGCUGCUGGACGAUGGCCAAGGCCUUGUGACUGAGCCCCAGCUGCCGGAUGUCACCGAUGACAUCACGAAGGCACCGAGACGCUUCGAGCAGGUGGGCCGGUGUCACUCGACUCUGAUGAGUCUCUUGGACGUCUGUGUGUCGUCUGCAGGUUCCGUUGGUGGGUGCCCCAGCCGCCGACGAAUGGAAACAGACAGAUGACCUGAUGAACAGCAUCCAGAGUGCCAUACUAGCAUCAGAUGAGGAGGGCCUGCGGAAGGUCCUCGCCGGUCUGUCGCCUGAACAAGCGGAGAGAUCGUUGACUGGAUACGGGUCAGAGGCGCAGUUGCUUUCUGCGGCUAUAUUCGGAUUUGCCUCUGCGAUCCAUCUUGCCGCAGGUACGCACCGUCUGACGACUGUCUACACAUGAUGCAACCAUGUGGCUUUUGUGUGUGCUUCUCAGGGGUGUGUUCGCGUGUGGAAGUCUUUGAGGUGCUGUUCCAGGACCGACACCACCUGCUCAAACUGAAAGAUAGUGUAGCGUGCUCGACAACUACACUCAUUCCAUUGGCCGACCGAUGUCUUCACUACCAGCUUCACUGUGUGUCUGCAGUAUGGCGUCACGCCUCUCCAUUUUGCAGCAAGGAAUGGGUCGGUUGGUGUUGUGGAGAAGUUUGUGGAGUGGGGCGGAAAGGAACUGCUCGAAGCUCAGGACUCGGUGAAGAUGAGGACCUCUUCUUAA